GGGAUUUUUGCACCUCAACAGAUUAAUCCCCAAAAAAGAGCCGAAUAUGGGAAAUGACGUGCCUCAACAGCAUUACAGUUCUAGAAAGAGCCCCUGGAUUCCAGCGAGCAGAGAGAGCAUGCCAGUGGGGUCGGUCUCAGGGGAGGGGAGCCAAGGGCCACGGCUGUUUAAAGUGGGUCUAUAUCGGGAUGUGGAUAAAUAUCACGGGGUCCACAGCGCUGAGUAACCACUCUCUAAACGUAGCUGCUCACUGUUCAACUGCCUGCCCGUGUGUCCGUGUCUGGCUGACACUGAUAUUAUUGUUGAGAGUCGCGGAGAGAGCAGCCGUUACAUUUUCCACUUGCCGCCAUAUCAGAGGGGUCUCUCUCUCUCUCUCUCCUGGAUAUAUUUCCAUAGCGGAUUGACUGACUGACAGGCAGCGUCCGUCGAACAGCAGCCGGUUCUCUUCUCUCCAGCGUGAGGCCGCUUCCGGGAAACUAUGGGGAAAGAUUAUUAUAAAAUCCUGGGGAUAGUGAAAGGAGCCGCCGACGAGGACAUCAAAAAGGCGUACAGAAAACAGGCUCUGAAAUGGCACCCGGACAAAAACAAGGCGGCCAACGCCGAGGAGAAAUUUAAGGAGAUCGCCGAGGCAUAUGAAGUCCUCAGUGAUCCGAAGAAAAGGGAGAUAUAUGAUCAGUAUGGAGAAGAAGGUAGGCUAAUAUGACACUCUCCACCUUUCAUCAUAGUCUUCUUAUUUUGAUUGGCCGGUUUUCAUGUAAUUUCACCCACCGCAUCAUGGAGCGCGCACAUCAGAAGGUGUUGUUGCUGUGCGUAUAAUAUAAUGGUCCAUUAUCCAAUACAGACCGACAUUUUAACCACACUGGUUAGAGAAGACAACAGCAUUUCACUCUCAUUUUAUUUAUUAAUAACAUUUACUAUUAUAAUAAACCAAUAAGCUGUUAUUUUCCUUUUGUCAUGGUGCCAUAUCAGUCUGUCCAUAAGCAGACAUGGCUCUUGGUUGUUCAGAAAUAUAUAACAGGAAUUCUUUGCAAAGAUAAUGUGAGACUGUAUUAUUAUUACUGUCAAUCCACUGACCUGGAGACAUCCAGCUAUACUGCCAAUCCACUGACCUGGAGACAUCCAGCUAUACUGCCAAUCCACUGACCUGGAGACAUCCAGCUAUACUGUCAAUCCCACUGACCUGGAGACAAUCCAGCUAUACUGCCAAUCCACUGACCUGGAGACAUCCAGCUAUCACUGGCCAAUCCAACUGACCUGGAGACAUCCAGCUAUACUGCCAAUCCACUGACCUGGAGACAUCCAGCUAUACUGCCCAAUCCACUGACCUGGAGACAUCCAGCUAUAACCUGCCAAUCCACUGACCUGGAGACAUCCAGCUAUACUGCCAAUCCACUGACCUGGAGACAUCCAGCUAUACUGCCAAUCCACUGACCUGGAGACAUCCAGCUAUACUGCCAAUCCACUGACCUGGAGACAUCCAGCUAUACUGCCAAUCCACUGACCUGGAGACAUCCAGCUAUACUGCCAAUCCACUGACCUGGAGACAUCAGCAUACUGCCAUCCACUAGACUCCAAUCUCACCACUGACCUGGAGACAUCCAGCUAUACUGCCAAUCCACUGACCUGGAGACAUCCAGCUAUACUGCCAAUCCACUGACCUGGAGACAUCCAGCUUACUGCCAAUCCACUGACCUGGAGACAUCCAGCUAUACUGCCAAUCCACUGACCUGGAGAAUCCAGCUAUACUGCCAAUCCACUGACCUGGAGACAUCCAGCUAUACUGCCAAUCCACUGACCUGGAGACAUCCAGCUAUACUGCCAAUCCACUGACCUGGAGACAUCCAGCUAUACUCCAAUCCAUGACCUGGAGACAUCCAGCUAUACUGCCAAUCCACUGACCUGGAGACAUCCAGCUAUACUGCCAAUCCACUGACCUGGAGACAUCCAGCUAUACUGCCAAUCCACUGACCUGGAGACAUCCAGCUAUACUGCCAAUCCACUGACCUGGAGACAUCCAGCUAUACUGCCAAUCCACUGACCUGGAGACAUCCAGCUAUACUGGCCAAUCCACUGACCUGGAGACAUCCAGCUAUACUGCCAAUCCACUGACCUGGAGACAUCCAGCUAUACUGCCAAUCCACUGACCUGGAGACAUCCAGCUAUACUGCCAAUCCACUGACCUGGAGACAUCCAGCUAUACUGCCAAUCCACUGACCUGGAGACAUCCAGCUAUACUGCCAAUCCACUGACCUGGAGACAUCCAGCUAUACUGCCAAUCCACUGACCUGGAGACAUCCAGCUAUACUGCCAAUCCACUGACCUGGAGACAUCCAGCUAUACUGCCAAUCCACUGACCUGGAGACAUCCAGCUAUACUGCCAAUCCACUGACCUGGAGACAUCCAGCUAUAAUGCCAUGUGCUUAGAAAUGUAUUAUUCUCUGUAUUGUACAGUAUAGACCUGGAUCAAAUACAUUUAUGGCAAAUAUUCCGGCACAUUUGACUAAGACUAUCCCAUUGGACUGUUCCAUUGGUCCAAUCGACUAGGACUAUUCCAUUGGUCCCACUGACUAGGACUAUUCCAUUGGUCCCAUCGACUAGGACUAUUCCAUUGGUCCCACUGACUAGGACUAUUCCAUUGGUCCCACUGACUAGGCCUAUCCCAUUGGUCCCAUUGACUAGGACUAUCCCAUUGGUCCCACUGACUAGGACUAUCCCAUUGGUCCCAUUGACUAGGACUAUCCCAUUGGUCCCAUUGACUAGGACUAUUCCAUUGGUCCCAUUGACUAGGACUAUCCCAUUGGUCCCAUUGACUAGGACUAUCCCAUUGGUCCCAUUGACUAGGACUAUUCCAUUGGUCCCACUGACUAGGACUAUUCCAUUGGUCCCACAGACUAGGACUAUCCCAUUGGACUGUUCCAUUGGUCCCACUGACUAGGACUAUCCCAUUGGACUAUCCCAUUGGUCCCAUUGACUAGGACUAUCCCAUUGGUCCCACUGACUAGGACUAUUCCAUUGGUCCCAUUGACUAGGACUAUCCCAUUGGUCCCAUUGACUAGGGUUAUCCCAAUGGUCCCAUUGACUAGAACUAUCCCAUUGGUCCCAUUGACUAGGACUAUCCCAUUGGUCCCACUGACUAGGACUAUCCCAUUGGUCCCAUUGACUAGGACUAUCCCAUUGGUCCCACUGACUAGGACUAUCCCAUUGGUCCCACAGACUAGGACUAUUCCAUUGGUCCCAUUGACUAGGACUAUUCCAUUGGUCCCACUGACUAGGACUAUCCCAUUGGUCCCACUGACUAGGACUAUCCCAUUGGUCUCAUCUACUAGGACUAUCCCAUUGGUCCCAUUGACUAGGACUAUUCCAUUGGUCCCACUGACUAGGACUAUUCAAUUGGUCCCACUGACUAGGACUAUCCCAUUGGUCCCAUUGACUAGGACUAUCCCAUUGGUCCCAUUGACUAGGACUAUUCCAUUGGUUCCACUGACUAGGACUAUCCCAUUGGUCCCACUGACUAGGACCAUCCCAUUGGUUCCACUGACUAGGACUAUUCCAUUGGUUCCACUGACUAGGACUAUUCCAUUGGUCCCACUGACUAGGACUAUUCCAUUGGUUCCACUGACUAGGACUAUCCCAUUGGUCCCACUGACUAGGACUAUUCCAUUGGUCCCACUGACUAGGGUUAUCCCAUUGGUCCCACUGACUAGGACUAUUCCAUUGGUCCCACUGACUAGGACUAUCCCAUUGGUCCCAUUGACUAGCACUAUCCCAUUGGUCCCACUGACUAGGACUAUUCCAUUGGUCCCACUGACUAGGACUAUCCCAUUGGUCCCAUUGACUAGGACUAUCCCAUUGGUCCCAUUGACUAGGACUAUCCCAUUGGUUCCACUGACUAGGACUAUCCCAUUGGUCCCAUUGACUAGGACUAUUCCAUUGGUCCCACUGACUAGGGCUAUCCCAUUGGUCCCAUCGACUAGGACUAUCCCAUUGGUCCCAUUGACUAGGACUAUUCCAUUGGUCCCACCGACUAGGACUAUUCCAUUGGUCCCACUGACUAGGACUAUCCCAUUGGACUGUUCCAUUGGUCCCACUGACUAGGACUAUCCCAUUGGACUAUCCCAUUGGUCCCAUUGACUAGGACUAUUCCAUUGGUCCCAUUGACUAGGACUAUCCCAUUGGUCCCAUUGACUAGGACUAUUCCAUUGGUCCCACUGACUAGGACUAUCCCAUUGGACUGUUCCAUUGGUCCCACUGACUAGGACUAUCCCAUUGGACUGUCCCAUUGGUCCCACUGACUAGGACUAUCCCAUUGGACUGUCCCAUUGGUCCCACUGACUAGGACUAUCCCAUUGGUCCCAUUGACUAGGACUAUCCCAUUGGACUGUUCCAUUGGUCCCACUGACUAGGACUAUCCCAUUGGACUGUCCCAUUGGUCCCACUGACUAGGACUAUUCCAUUGGUCCCACUGACUAGGACUAUCCCAUUGGUCCCAUUGACUAGGACUAUCCCAUUGGUCCCACUGUAGGCAGCCGGGCAAACUCAAGUGAAGCUCAAGCAGGCAAUGUCAGAGUAAUUGAUGUAGCCUACAUGUAUGUAUUUGACCAAUGUCUAGUAGCCUAUAGGACAGCAAGUUAUCAGCAUUAUCUGAAUGGUUCCUGACUCAAAGGAGCCUAUCAAUACAUAUCAGCAUUACCUAUCAAUACAUAGGUUAUGAGAACUAUCUAUCAAUACAUAUCAGCACUAUCUAUCAAUACAUAGAUAUCAUUAUCUAUUGUUAUCAGUAUUAUCUAUCAAUGCAUAGGUUAUAAUAAUUAUCGAUACAAAGGUUAUCAUCAUUAUCAAUACAAAAGCUAAAUCAUUAUCAAUACUAUGGUUAUCAUCAUUAUCAAUACAUAGGUUAUCAAAUGAUCUAUCAAUACAUAAGUUAUCAGCAUUAUCUAUCAAUACAUAUCAGCAUUAUCUAACAAUACAUAAGUUAUCGGCAUUAUCUAUCGGUACAUAUCAUCAUUAUCUAUCAAUACAUAGGUUUUUCAGCAUUAUCUAUCAAUACAUAAGUUAUCGGCAUUAUCUAUCGGUACAUAUCAUCAUUAUCUAUCAAUACAUAGGUUUUUCAGCAUUAUCUAUCAAUACAUAAGUUAUCGGCAUUGUCUAUCAAUGCAUAAGUUAUCAGCAUUAUCUAACAAUGCAUAAGUUAUCAGCAUUAUCUAUCAAUGCAUAUCAGCAUUAUCUAACAAUACAUUAGUUAUCGCCAUUAUCUAUCAAUACAUGAUGUCAUUGUUUCCCGGCUGCUGUCACUCAGGUCUCACUACAUAAUAUGUUAAAUGUGAUGCAUUAUCUGAAUGAUUGAUGACUCCCGUGUCAUUUCCUGUCAGGUCUCAAAGGAGGCGGUGGCCCCGGUGGCGGUCCAGAUGGCCAGGGCAGCAACUUCACCUCCUACACGUUCCACGGAGACCCCCACGCCACCUUCGCCACAUUCUUCGGCGGCGCCAACCCUUUCGAGAUGUUCUUCGGACGCAAGGCCAACGGGCGCGGUCCGGGCGGAGACGACGAGGACAUGGAGGUGGACGGCAACGACCCGUUCGGCUCCUUCACCUCGUUUAAUCUCAACGGGUUCCCUCGGGACCGCCACGUGGGGCUGGGCGGGCAGCAGAGGAGGAAGCAGGACCCGGCCAUCCAUCACGAGCUGCGGGUAACACUAGAGGAAGUGUUUCAUGGUUGCACCAAGAGGAUGAAGAUCAGCAGGAAGAGGAUGAACCCAGACGGACGGACCAUGAGGACGGAGGAUAAGAUACUCACCAUAGAGAUUAAGAGAGGAUGGAAGGAAGGAACCAAGAUCACGUUCCCCAGAGAAGGGGACGAAUCGCCCAACACCAUCCCUGCUGAUAUCGUGUUCCUCAUCAAGGACAAGCCCCAUGCGCACUUUAGAAGGGAGGGGUCGGAUAUCGUGUACCCGGUGAAAGUUAGUCUACGACAGGUGAGAUGGGUUUUAGCUUGGCGGACCUUGGCAGCCCACCUUAUCAAAGUAAGAGUAAGGGGAAACACUGCCAAUAGAAAGUGGUUCAGUGUGGAAAAUGCUGUAGACCUGGACAUACAGAUACAGGUCAUGUUCAGUUAGCAGAUCGUAGCAAAACAUUUUGCAACAGAAAAUUAAGAUCUGUGAUCUUGUUGGUCAAGUUCAAGUCAUCCUUCCCAGUUUCACUCCAUUUCUCCACAUUUUCUCCUGGCCAUUGGUCUGCAGAAGGCAGAGAUAACAUGUGUCUCCCCAGGGUUAAGACUAAUGUAUUCAGCAACUAAAAAACAUUAUGAUAUAAGGAGACUACAAUUGCAUUGGGAAAGUAUUCAGACCCCUUCCCUUUUUCCACAUUUUGUUACGUUACAGCCUUAUUCUAAAAUGGAUGAAAUUAAUUGUUUUCCUCAUAAAUCUACACACAAUACCUGUGAUGAGAUGAAUUUGAAGGAGUCAGGCGCAGGAGGGUAAAUCACAGAAUAACAGGAUUGAUUCUGAACCACAGAGUUACGCAGAAAUGCGUCAAAACACUCCAGUGCACAAAACAGGCGCACUGGAAAAUACAAGGCACACAGGGAAUAUUCCCGUCGAUACAAAAUACACGGAGCUCCACCGAGCUUCUCUCUCCUCCACAAUAAACAAUCACCCACAAAGACCAGGGGGCAGAGGGAACACUUAUACAGGUACUAAUGAGGGGAUAUGAAUCAGGUGUGUGUAAUAAACAAGACAAAACAAAUGGAAUGAUGAGAUGAGGAGCGGCAGUGGCUAGAAGGCCGGUGACGACGAACGCCGAAGCCUGCCGGAACAAGGAGAGGAGGGAGCCUCGGAGGAAGUCGUGACAAUACCCCAUAAUGACAAAGCGAAAACAGGUUUUUAGAAACGUUUGCAAAUGUAUAAAAACAUAGAAAAAAAUAUACCUUAUUUACAUUAUUAUUCGGACCCUUUGCUAUGAGACACGAAAUUGAGCUCAGGUGCAUCCCGUUUCCAUUGAUCAUCCUUGAGAUGUUUCUACAACUUGAUUGGAGUCCACCUGUGGUAGAUUCAAUUGAUUGGACAUGAUUUGGAAAGGCACACACCUGUCUAUAUAAGGUCCCACAGUUGACAGUGCAUGUCAGAGCAAAAACCAAGCCAUGAGGUUGAAGGAAUUGUCCUUAGAGCUCCGAGACAGGAUUGUGUCGAGGCACAGACCUGGGGAAGGAUACCAAAACAUUUCUGCAGCAUUGAAGGUCCCCAAGAACACAGUGGCCUCCAUCAUUCUUAAAUGGAAGAAGUUUGGAACCACCAAGACUCUUCCUAGAGCUGGCCGCCCGGCCAAACUGAGCAAUCGGGGGAGAAGGGCCAUGGUCAGGGAGAUGACCAAUAACCUGAUGGUCACUCUGAGAGAGCUCCAGAGUUCCUGUGUAGAGAUGGGAGAACCUUCCAGAAGGACAACCAUCUCUGCAGCUUCUCAGUAAAAGGCACAUGACAGCCUGCUUGGAGUUUGCCAAAAGGCAACUAAAGGACUCUCAGACCAUGAGAAACAAGAUCUCUGGUCUGAUGAAAUCAAGAUUGAACUCAUUGGCCUGAAUGCCAAGGGUCACGUCUGGAGGAAACCUGGCACCAUCCCUACGGUGAAGCAUGGUGGUGGCAGCAUCAUGCUGUGGGGAUGUUUUUCAGCGGCAGGGACUGGGAGACUAGUCAGGAUCGAGGGAAAGAUGAACGGAGCAAAGUACAGAGAGAUCCUUGAUGAAAACCUGCUCCAGAGCGCUCAGGACCUCAGACUGGGGCGAAGGUUCACCUUCCAACAGGACAACGACCCUAAACACACAGCCAAGACAACGCAGGAGUGGCUUCAGGACAAGUCUCUGAAUGUCCUUGAAUGGCCCAGCCAGAGCCCAGACUUGAACCCAAUCUAACAUCUCUGGAAAGACCUGAAAAUAGCUGUGCAGCGACGCUCCCCAUCCAACCUGACAGAGCUUGAGAGGAUCUGCAGAGAAGAAUGGGAGAAACUCCCCAAAUACAGGUGUGCCAAGCUUGUAGGGUCAUACCGAAGAAGACUCGAGGCUGUAAUCGCUGCCAAAGUUGCUUCAACAAAGUACUGAGUAAAUAGUCUGAAUACUUAUGUAAAUGUAAUAUUUCAGUUGUCUUUUUUGCUAAAAUUUCUAAACACCUGUUUUUGCUUUGUCAUUAUGAGGUUUUGUGUGUAGAUUGAUGAGGGGGAAAAAACAAUUUAAUCAAUUUUAGAAUAAGGCUGUAACGUAACAAAAUGUGGAAAAAGUCAAGGGGUCUGAAUACUUUCCGAAUGCACUGUAUUAUGUUCUGUAAUUUACACUGUGACGGAGAGGAGAGGCAACAAUACUUCAGGAGAAGUGAGAGACGGACGGCUACUGUAGACAGUAGCUCACUGUGUUAGAACUACUAAUAUGGUCUGCUCUCUUCUCCUCGCUCCUCUCUCUCUCGCUCUCUCUUCUCCUCUCUCUCUGUCUCGCUCUCUCUUCUCCUCUCUCGUUCUCUUCUCCUCGCUCCUCUCUCGCUCUCUCUCUCUCUCUCUCGCUUCUCCUCUCUCCCUCUCUUCUCCUCUCUCCCUCUCUCUCGCUCUCUCUCUUCUCCUCUCUCUCUCUCUUCUCCUCUCUCGCUCUCUCCUUCGGUCCUCUCUCUCUCUCUCUUCUCCUCUCUCUCUUCUCCAUCUCUCUUCUCCUCUCUCCUCUCUCUCUUCUCCUCUCUCUCUUCGGUCCUCUCUCUCUCUCUCUUCUCCUCUCUCUCUUCUCCUCUCUCCUUCGGUCCCGUCUCUCUCUCUCUAUCUCUCUCUCUCUCUCUCUCUCCUCCUCUUCUCUCUUAUCGUGACUUCAGCUCAGUCGUGUUUUGAUUAUUUCUAAGAGAAAACAACAAAGUGCCUGUAAUGCUGUAUGAUGUCAUGGGUGCAUCCCAAACAACUCCCCAUUCCCUAUUUAGGGCCCAUUGGGCUCUGGUCGAAAUUAGUGCACUAUGUAAGGAAUAGGGUGCCAUCUGGGAAGCACUUUUGGGAAUGUGGUUGUUAUUCAUGCAAUUAAAAUAGCUUCACGUUAAAUCACAGCCUUGCUUAUCAGUAAUGGGGCAUAGUUUCUGCUUAAAGGAAAAGUCCUAUUUUAGCAAAGCACCAAACCAGAAGAACACAUGUUCAAUCUGUCAAGGAAAUCUAACCACAAAUCUGGAGGCGAUUCCAGACUAAUAAUAGCUAUAAUAGCUAGUUACAGUAUCUUGUGGUUUGUGUGUAUACAGUGGGGAGAACAAGUAUUUGAUACACUGCCGAUUUUGCAGGUUUUCCUACUUACAAAGCAUGUAGAGGUCUGUAAUUUUUAUCAUAGGUACACUUCAACUGUGAGAGACGGAAUCUAAAACAAAAAUCCAGAAAAUCACAUUGUAUGAUUUUUAAGUAAUUAAUUUGCAUUUUAUAGGAGAAUAGGAAAACCUGCAAAAUCGGCAGUGUAUCAAAUACUUGUUCUCCCCACUGUAUAAAUACAUACAUACAUACAUACAUAUAUACUUUUCCUUAAAAAAAGAUAUACACUUUCCUUUAUUACUUUCUAACCCCACCACCCCUCCCCUAACUGUAUGUGCACGUGUGUCUGAGUCUCUGUCUGUGUGUUGUCCACUCUGCCAACAUGUCAGUGUGUCUGAGUCUCUGUCUGUGUGUUGUCCACUCUGCCAACAUGUCAGUGUGUCUGAGUCUCUGUCUGUGUGUUGUCCACUCUGCCAACAUGUCAGUGUGUCUGAGUCUCUGUCUGUGUGUUGUCCACUCUGCCAACAUGUCAUUGUGUCUGAGUCUCUGUCUGUGUGUUGUCCACUCUGCCAACAUGUCAUUGACUAUGUACUCUCUCCUUUACCUCUUCCAGUCGUUGUGUGGUUGCUCUGUGACGGUGUCUACGAUAGACGGGAAGACGUGCAACAUGAAGAUCACUGACGUGAUAAAGCCAGGCAUGAGACAGACUGUAGCUGGACAGGGCCUUCCCUUACCUAAGAACCCCGAGCAGAGAGGGGACCUGGUGGUGGAGUUUGACGUGAACUUUCCUGAGAGUCUCCCCGCCAACGCCAAGGAUGUCCUGAAGAGGCAUUUACCUGCAUCCUAGAAGAACAGAGACACAGAGACACACAGAGAUGGAGACACACAGAAAGACAGACACACAGAGAUGGAGACACACAGAGACAC